CUAAAUUUCACGUUUUGGAGGCAAAUUUCGAACAGACCUGGCAGAAACGUUCAUAAUAUAAACAUCAUAAUUUAGUGUCAUUAAUGAAUUUACGGCGGAACUGACAUGAGUAAGAAGGACAAGGGGCAACCUCCAGCUAACAACAAUGCAAGUGAGGGUGAUUCCAUCCAGGUAUUUGUUCGGGUGAGGCCAUCAGAGAGCCAUGAUGCUGACAUGGACUUUGGGCAGUGUCUGGAGGUGCGGAUGCCAGACACCAUCAUCAUGCACUCCAAGCCGGAACCCAAGGUCUUCACCUAUGAUCAUGUGACUGAUUCAAAUACCACACAGGAAUCAGUCUUCACUGCUGUGGGAAAGAGGAUUAUUGAAAGUUGUGUCGGAGGCUACAAUGGAACCAUCUUUGCCUAUGGGCAGACUGGCUCUGGCAAGACAUUCACUAUGCUUGGACCCUGUGAGGAUGGAGAUAACUUUCAUCAUGAAUUACGAGGAGUGAUCCCAAGAAGUUUUGAGUACCUCUUCAGUCUGGUGAACAGAGAAAGGGAAAAGCAUGGCAACCGUUACGAGUUCCUAUGUCGUUGCUCCUUUCUGGAGAUUUACAACGAGCAGAUAUAUGACCUCCUGGAUCCUGCCUCCAUGGGGCUCCACCUCAGGGAGAACAUGAAGAAAGGAGUCUUUGUGGAUGGACUGAUCGAGAAGGCAGUUGGCAGCCCUAGUGAGGCCUAUGGUGUUCUGACAGCUGGGUGGCAUAACAGGAGAGUAGCAGCGACCUCUAUGAACAGAGAAAGUUCCAGGAGCCAUGCAGUAUUCACCGUCUCCAUAGAAUCAAAGGAGAAGAAAGCAGGAGUGUCCAACAUCAGGGUGUCCCAGCUUCAUCUGGUUGACCUUGCCGGAAGUGAGAGACAGAAAGACACUAAGGCUAUAGGAGUCCGGUUAAAAGAAGCAGGCAGUAUCAACAAGUCCUUAUCCAUCCUAGGCAACGUCAUCAUGGCUUUAGUAGACAUUGCUCAUGGCAAGCAGAGACAUGUCCCGUACAGAGACUCCAAGCUUAGCUUCCUCCUUAGGGACUCAUUAGGAGGCAACGCUAAGACUUACAUCAUUGCUAAUGUACAUCCUGAUUCCAAGUGCUUUGGAGAAACACUGUCAACCCUGAAAUUCGCAAGGCGAGCAAAGAUGAUUAAAAAUAGGGCUGUAGUGAACGAAGACACCCAGGGAAACACAUUGCACCUACAGGCGGAGAUUAGGCGGCUGAGGGAAGCCCUGGCUAUGAAAGAUGCUGAGGGGUCCAUUCCAAGAGGGCCGAGUGAGUCUGGAGAUAGCCAACUUUCUAAUAGCAGCAUUGGGAGUAAUGGUACAGCAUCGGGACAACAAAAUGGCAACAGCAGCAAAUGGAAGAAGUAUUUCCUGGAGGCAAUGAGUCUGAGGGAUGCUGUGGAAGUGGAGAAAAAGGAAUUACGGGAGAAGGUUAGCAGCCUUGAGGAGUUGUGCAGCAAACGUGAUCAGGUCAUCAGCUCAAACAAGAUGAUCAUCAAGUUCCGUAACAGCACCAUAGACAUGCUUCAGAAGACAAAGAACAAGGCUAUGUCAAAAGAAAACAGAGACAUGAUGAAUGAGAACUUGAAGAAAGAGAUAGCACAGCUUCAGGAGCAGUUGGAACACAACCCCUUUGUCAUGCGUUAUGUUGUAGAGAACCAAUCACUGAGGGCACAAAACAAGAAGCUGAGAGCCAUGGAAGCUGUACAGAGUGUGGAAGCCAUGACAGCAACCAAGGCAGAAGAGCUGGAGAAACUCUUCCUUGAACUCAGAGAAGGUUUGUCCCAGAAUCGUCGCUUCAGUGUAACUCCUAACAGUACUCCAGUAGAUGGGGAGAAUGUUCCCACAUCAACGAUGGUCAUCCUAAAAUCUCAGAUCAAGAAACUCCAAGAUGAGCUGGAAAAUGCCAAGCAAGAACAUGCAGAGCAAGAGGAGAUGACAAGGAAGACCCGUUUGGAGUUAGAAUCAGAGUUAGCUGCAUACAAGAAAGCAAACCAUGAACUCGAGAAGACACUGCAAGGGAUGAAGAUCAAGAAUAAGAUGGACAGAGAUGCCAUGAAUGAUAUUCAUAUGCAGACCAUCAAGAAAAUCACCACUCCCAAGAAAGUAUCCUACCAGUUACGCUCCCGCACCAUCCUCAGAGCUGCCGGCGAGACCCCCAUUGGGCCUGGCUUCGCAUCAUCAGACGGUGCCAGUCCACUGAGGAGCCACAGUGCAAACAGCCUUACAAGCGGUGAUAUGACGCCCUCUCCUGCCCUGGAAGAGGAAGGAAUCAUUGACGAGGAGAUGCCUGAACAUGUCGUGGAGCAGUGCAAUGAGGCUCUUACUAUCGAACUCCAAAAGUUGCAGGACAAAUAUGCAAAUCUUCAACAACAGCUUGAGGAGCAUGAAUCACAGAAACACAAGAUGUUACAGAAUACCAGUAAAUUAGAACAUCAGCUGCAGCAGAUAACAGAGCUGCAUUCAGUUGAAUCGCAAGCAUGGCAAGAACAGGAGAGGGACCUAACCACCAGGCUCUCUGAGGCCACCAGUCAGCUUAAGACCCUGCAGAGAGAGUAUGAGAUCACCAAGGGAGAGGCAGAAGACUUCAAGGUGUUGCUUCAAGCAGCAGAUAAGGAACUUGGACAUGAGAAGAGACACAAGAAUGAGGUCACCCAGGAUUGGGAUAAGGCAAGGGCAGCACUUGAUGCUCAGGUGGUGCGCCUCGAAAAUGAACUAUGUGGCCGAUCAAGAGAGCUGGAGAACCUCUUAGAAGACAGAGAACAACUCCAGGAUGCAUACAAUACCUUGCAAGAGGAGCAUGAAUUCCAACAACAGAGGGAGGCAGACUUAGAGAAUAGACUGAAAGCAAAGAAGGCAGAGGUCCUGCAGCUACAAGAAGAGAUACAGAAACAACUGGAGAAACUGGCGAGUGAGUGUGAUAAGAACAUGCGGUUGACAGCAGAGCUUCGGCAGGGAGACAACACCAAACAGGACCUCUUGGCAGCUCAGGAACUUAUUGAUCAGUUCAGAGAGGAACGGGAUCAUCUCCUCCAAAGACUCGAUACAGAGGCCCUGAAGCUAUCCUCUUCCAAAGAAGAAUUAGAGAUGGUAAAUUCUGCAAUGACAGCUCUGAGGAAGACCGAUGCUGAACAGAAGGAAGCAUUGUCCAGCCUGAUGACAGCAUUGCAGGAUGGGAAGAGUGAAUUGAAAGAGAAGGAAGAACAAUUGGCCAGUGUAUCCAUGCAGCUUGAAGACACUCGAGGACAGGUGACACUCCUAGAAGCUGCUCUUGAGGAAGGAAAGACCAGUACUGAGAGUCUCCAGACUCAGAUGGCUGCACUGGAGGACAGGAUGCAUGCUCAGGCUGGAGAUUACCAAGAACAGAUUGAACAAAUGAGGGCUGAUUCUAUGGAUGCUCAUCACCAUCAGAAGGAGUUACUCAAGGAACUUGAGAAGCAGUCAGAGGAGCUCAAUCAACUUCAUAAACAGAUCAAGGAGAAGGAAGAAGAGUUUGAUGGAAAGGAAUGCGAACUGAGGGCCACCAUCAGAACUCUGGAGGAACAGCUGGAUGAAGUCAAGACGAACCUCUCCACCGUUGUUGUUGAACUUGAUGAACCCGAAGCCAAGAAAAGGAAGAUGGCUGACAGCCAAGCCGUGGAGAUUGAAUCGCUGCGGGAAUCAGAGAAGCGAUUCAGAGAACUAUCCCAUGAGUACGACAACAUGAGAGAUCAGAUGAAUGAAGAGAUCAGUACACUCAAGAUGAAAGCCGAUGAACUGGAAGAUGUACGCAUAUCCAAGGAGAUUCUGCAAGCCCAGCAUAUGGCACUUACGUAUGAGAUGGAACAGGUUCAGAAUGAGAAGACGGAAAAGGUAUCCUCAUUGCAGGAUGAAGUGUAUAGUCUAAAGAGAGACAUGGAUCGUCAGAAGACAUUAUCGUCUGGUAUGAAGAGAGACAAGGACGAAGCUGAACAGAGGCUUUACUCAGUCCAAACAGAAUUGGAUCAGGCCAAAGCUAGAGAAGAAAUAUUACAGGAGAACAUGGAUCAGGUCAUGGAAGAUUUAGAUAGAACAUCCGCCCUUGAGAGUGCACACUUCAAAGAGAAAGAGGACAUCAAAUCAAAACUAGAGGAAGAAAGAGAGGAAAAAUCUAAACUUGUGAAGGAGGUGAGCAGAUUAAAGGAGGUGUAUGAAGAAGCAGAGAAAAAGAUUACAGAGUUGGGUGGUCAUCAAAACCCCAAGCAGAAGAUACAUCAUUUCCAGGCUGUGAAGACAGAAAAUCAUCUUCUGAAGGAGCAACUCGGCAAGGCACAGUCAGACAAUGAGCAGAUGAAACGAAACUAUGAAGUGCUUCAGAAGAGGGUUAACCAGCUCAUCAGCGGGACAUCCGGAAGCAAGAGCCACUUACAUAUGUUGCCUUCUGCCCUGAAAGAGAACGCAGACCCAGACCUUAGCUCAGACACGAUGUGAGGAUCAUCUCCCAUGCUUUCAUAUCUAUACAUGUCCACAGAAACAGCCUACAGCAUUGGAACAAAAGCACUCUUUGGAAACCUGAUGCCUUGACAUGCUUCAUUCGGGUAUCCGUCUUUUUCUGUAACUCAUACUGCUGCGACAUUGAACACACAGACCUUGGCAAGAUGCUCCAAAUGUCGCUCCCUUGGCUAUCACAAUCAUCAUUUUCCAGGUGAAAUAUCAAGCUGUCUUGAUGAAAGGUAUAAUGAUCUUUCAAAGAGAUCUGUAUGUCUACAAGGUCUAGAUGCGAAAAAAAGGCCUUUUAGCAUUCCAACUAAGUCAAAGCCAGUCUUGUAAGGGAUGCCACAUAUGAUCCAGCUAUGGUUGUUCAAGUUGUAUAUCUACAAGGACAUAUGAAGAAUAAGCCCUUUAGCAUUCCAACUGAGUCAAAGCCAGUCUUGUAAGGGAUACAACAUGUUAUUCAACAACAGUUGUUCAAGUUUUUAUAUGAACAAUAAGCCCUUUAGCAUUCCAACUGAGCCAAAGCCAGUCUUGUUAGGGAUGCCACAUGUUAUCGAGCAACAGUUGUUACAAUCUGAUGAGGAUGGGCUUACAAGUUUUUUUAGGAAUAGAUAUUGAAUUAGGUAAGAAUUGUAAGUGCAAUGUGACAACUAUUCUCGGUUCAUUUUAUUCAUUUACUGUUGAGUUCUGUAAUUCCCAUUGAUUUUAUUAACCUGUUCCAGAUGUCAAUGGGUUAACUGUCUGACUCAUUUUUCAUAUUCCAAACAGAUCAGGGAGGACAAAAGGGACUAUUUUUGUAUUAUUCAAGAUGUAUGGUGUAUGGGAAAGAUUUACACUGCCUUGAUAUUCAAUUCAAUUUCAAUUUAAUUUAUAUUUCUCAGUAUAAAAGCAAUAUAAAUAGUACAAACUUGAAAUAAAUCAGACAUAGACAUAAAUAAAGUAUUAUACUGAAAGGGUAGCAGCCAAAAAGAAGUUAAGCUAAUGUACGGCCGACCCAAAAUAUUCCUGUUAGUUUUCCUUAUUUGGGAUAAACAAAUAUGGCAGUUUCAUUUAAUUGCUGUACUGCCUUCAUGCACUUCUGCUUUGUUUUAGUGGAACUCUAGGUAGAAUAAAAGUUUUACCUGUUUUUGAUAUAGUAUUUCCCAUGAACUUUGUCAAAAAACACAGUUUGGAAGGGUGAAUAUGUCUAUCAAAAUACUAAGACUGUGUGUGUCUGCAUGGCUAAUCACAUCUGAAGUGAAAACCAUAACGUAUUUAUUCAAAUAAAUAGGGGAAAAUGAAUUGUGCAUAACAAAAUCAAUAAGUGACUCAGAAUAAGACGGCUAUGAAUUUGUUAUUUCUUUUGCAAAUUAAUAGCAGAAACUGAUAGCAUAACACGAUUCCGUACACUAUUUCUUCUGAUGAUUUAUUUUUUAUAUAAAAUUUCAAAGAUUGCAGUUUUAAUGAAUUUGAUUUUUUUUUUAAGAAGUGCUUCAUUGAAUCUCAAUAUAUUCCAAUAAUGAUUACUUUUCAUCAUCUAUAAGGAAUAUAACCAUGUUUUACAUCAUUGGAUAAACAAAUUCAUCUUAUAAGAUAUCAUGCAGUAGUGAUUGUGUAACAGCACCCACACAUUAAGUGAACUCUUAUUUGCAUAAGGCUCAUGAAAGUUAAUUUGUGAAGUUAUACAAGCUAAAAUUUUAAGUCUGAUUUUGAAUUAAUUUCAGUGUUAUGCUUCAUUGAUUGUCCCUGUUCAUCAAAAAAGGCAAUCAAUCUAUUUAAUAGUUUUUAACAUAUGUUUGUUUACAUAUCAAUUUCUGCAAUCAUUGCAAGCAACAAUUUUUUAUUUCAUUGGUCAGAUUUUGCAGCAAUUAGUGUAAAAGAAAAACAAUAAGGAAAUUGUCUUAAUUGUGUAAUCUUGAAGUGUGAUUUGUACUAGAGGUCUGACAUGUGGAAGAUUUUUGUGACCAUCUGCCUCAAAAAUCCCUGAAUAAGCUACCUUCAACAGACUGUUGUCAGAAAUACAUAUAGUAAUUUAGUCUUUAUGAAAAUUAAGAAUAAUUUGAUUAUCUGAAAAGUAACUUUUUUCUCCAUGAAUGGUAAAAGGGGGGGGGUGUUAUGGUCCAGUCCCCACCCCCCCCCCCAUAAAAUUUUGUGAUUAUCAUGCAUCCUGAAUCAUGACAUGUCAUUGACAAUUCUGUUCAGUUAAUAAGAAUCUGAAAUUUUGGCCAACUUAUUUUGAGGUGGACGGUCACAUUUGUGGUGGAUUAUUUAGUUAGUAGUGGAUAUGGCAAUCAUACGUUUUUAACACAAAUUUUUAAAUAUGCAUGUGUUGGUGAUUCUUUCAGAAUGGGAAAUUUGAAAUUUAAGAACGAUGAUCCUCUACCUAUUGAUUAUAGCUUCAGUCCAUAAUAGUGUUUGCUGAAUCAUGAUCACUGAUGCAAUAUUCAUAAACUUUGACUACCAGCUGUUUUAAAAUAAGCGUUACCUAGCUGAAGUCUGUAAUAAAUAACUAGAACCAGUAAAUUUUUUUAAACACAUAGUGAUAUCUGAAACAUGUCUGCUGCACUUGAAUAGUUACUUGAAUGGUCUGAAGCUCCCAGUGUAAAAGGCUAGCACAGUUACUGUAUAAAAAAAUAAGCAAGGGUUUGAAUGAGUGUAGUAUAUGUAUAUGAUUAUAUAAAUGUGUGAUUUUUUAAAUUCAAUUUAGAUGUACAUAUGUAAAUUUACUGUAUCUUUAUGGUAAAGUAAGGGAAUUACAUUCUUCUCCGACACUACAAUUUUUUAGAAAAUCAGGUCUGUUGACAUCUCGUCGGUCCGCAUUUGUGAUUUAGUAUUUUCCUCUUUGUUUGAGAUUAAUAACCGCUGUUGUAUGUGUAAAUCUAUGAGUUGGUAGAUAUUUACACCAAAUCAUUCUCUUUGCUCCUAAAAUUAACUCAAGUUAAAAAAAAUAACUGAAUUGAGAUAUUAUGAGUACAAAAUGAAUUUGAUGAGAGAUAAACAAUGUACGGGGAAUAAACAGGAUAUAGGCUUGAUAAUUUAUUUAUAUAUUCUGCAAUACGUAAUGUCCCUUUGCACUUCCACAGGACAUUAAACUAUAGAAAUUACUUUUUUUUAACCCUAUUGUCUCAUUCACAAGAUCCCUAAAAUGUUCAAUCAUUAAAAGGAGUGCUGUUGUGCAUGCCUUGAAAUUCCCUCUGUGAGAGAAAUUAGAAUAUGCAUUAUACAAUUACACAUCAGAAAGAUAUUCAUGAAUAAAUUUUUAAUGUAAUAUAUUAAA